AUGGGACGCUCGUUACUUACAUGCGGAUAUGUGAUACCUUUCAAACCAAGUGGUCGCAUCUACUUGAUGACUGAGAAAGUUGAUCGACAAAUGAAUGAAUGGCUGCGGAAUCAUCACAUCAUUGCCUACCCGGCUGUAGUAGCCUCAGAAGACCAGGCCGAGGGAGCCGCUGCUUUAUUGCAGGCAACUGGUGUAGGAAAGCUCCGACCAAACAUCCUCAUGCUUGGCUUUAAAACUAAUUGGGAGCAAAGUCCAACCACUGAUAUGCAUGCAAUCAAUACUUUUUAUGAAAUAAUUUUAAAUGCUUUCGAGAAAAAUGUGGGAGUUGCAAUAUUCCGUAACUCCAACGUCGGAUUUGAUUUGACAAAACGACUCACUGGAAAGGAAACUAUUGAAAAUGAAGCCGAUGACAAUGGCAUCGAUCUAGAUCCCUAUCAACAGAAUGCAACUCAAACAAGUCAAAAUUCUUCCGUGAAAGAAUCCAAAGUGGGGAACCUCUUGCGAGAAGUGAGCUCGUUUGUGCGAAUGAACCAUACUCACAAAACAGAGGCUCCAAACGCAAAUAGCGAGAACAAUCAAUCAACAAAUCGAUUCCAGUUGGUAUCAAAACACAGCAUAAAAGACGUCCGUGAAGUUGAACUAUUACAACAGCUGCAACGAUUUCGAACAAAAGUACCUAAGGGUUCCAUAGAUAUAUGGUGGUUGAAGGACGAUGGUGGUUUGACCUUACUGCUGCCCUACCUACUUCAACUACCCGGAGCGUAUCUUGAGGGCGCUCACCUACGCGUUUUCGUUCCUGCAGGAAAACGAGAUAGUGUCAAUGAUGAUCAAAGGCAAAUGGCUACUCUGAUGCAAAAAUUCAGGAUAGCUGCAAGUGACGUGCAUGUAAUCAACACAUUUGCACGGCCGCCGAGCAAAGAAACAAUGGAAGAAUUUAAUCGAUACGUUAACAUCUUCAAAGAGGAUUACAAUGGACAAAAAGGACUAAUCACUGAGGACGAACUGCAGAAUUUCCGAAGCAAAACCAAUCGCUACCUCAGGAAAGCAGAGUUACUUCGAGAAAAUAGUCAAGGAGCAGAUCUUGUCAUAGUGACCCUCCCCAUUCCUCGACGAACAGAUAUGUCGUCAGCUUUGUACAUGUCAUGGUUGGAAGUGAUAAGUCGAAACAUGCCGCCGACACUAUUUGUACGCGGAAACCGUACAUCAGUGUUAAGCUAUUUCGAUUAA